GCGUGUGAGAUGAGGCGGCCCGGGGCCGCCCGGCUCCCGCCUUGCGCUGAGCGGCCGGGGCUGUGAGCUGGAUCCCUGGGGGCCGCUUUCGGAGUCCACCCCCCCCUCCCGCAGGGACUCGAUGCCCAGGCGGGGAGCAUGGCAGGGAGGCGGCCGCUGGGCGCCCGCGCCCUCUCCCUGCUCCGGUGGCUGGGGAUGCUGCUGCUGCCGCUGCUCCAGGCCGGGCACGGCUGCCCGGGUCACUGCUACUGCUUCGCCACGCCGGAGCUGGACCAGUGCAGCUACGUGCGCCUGCAGGAGCCGCCGCGGGACCUGCCCCGCGGGGUGCGCAACCUCACCAUCGCGGGCGGCAACCUGACGGUGCUGCGCCGGGCGGCCUUCGCCGGCAACGGGAGCGGGCCGCUGGGCGACCUGAGCCGGCUGCUGCUGCCCCGCGACAACAUCCAGGCCAUCGAGGAUCGCGCCUUCCAGGGGCUGCCCGGGCUGGCGGCGCUGGACCUCAGCCACAACCCGCUGCGCGCCCUGGCCGGCGGCGCCUUCCGCGGCUGCCCGCGGCUGCACCUCAAGCUCAACCAGGCGCUGCUGCUGCUGGGCGAGGAGCCGCUGGCCGGCGCCCUGCGCAACCUGAGCCUGCGGCGGCUGGAGCUGGCGGGCAACGGGCUGAGGGCGCUGCCGGGCGCCGCGCUGCCGGAGGGGCUGGAGGAGCUGGAUCUGCGGAACAACUCGCUGCAGGGGCUGAGCCCCGAGGAGCUGGCCCGGUUGGACUCGGCCCCGCUGGGCAGGCUCCAGCUCUACCUGAGCUCCAACCCGCUGCGCUGCGACUGCGCCCUGCGCCCGCUGCUGGGCUGGAUGCGCAACGCCAGUUGGAGGGUGGCGGACGCGCGCAGCCUGCGCUGCGCCGCCCCGCGGGAGCUGAGCGGGUUGCCUGUGCUGCGCCUCCGCCUGGAGCAGCUGGGCUGCGGGGCCGGGCAGGAGCCGCGCUCCGAGGAGGCCGGGGAGCAGAAGGAGCUGGAGACCGCCUCCUACGUGUUCUUCGGCAUCGUGCUGGCGCUGAUCGGGGUCAUCUUCCUCAUGGUGCUGUACCUCAACCGCAGGGGCAUCAAGCGCUGGCUCAACAACCUGCGGGAGGCCUGCCGGGACCAGAUGGAGGGCUACCACUACCGCUACGAGCAGGACACCGACCCGCGCCGGGCCAGCGCCAGCCCCUCGGGGCUCUGAGCCAGCGUGCGGGGGCCACCGCCAGGCCAGAGAGCCCUGCCCGCACGCAGGGAUCCCACCCGUCCAGACCCUGCCCCUGGCCCCCGGGGAUCGCACUCCUCCACCCAUAGCCCGUGGGGAUCCCACCCCAAGCCCCCACUCCUGGCCCUUAGGGAUCCUUCCCCCAGUCCUUGGGGAUCCCACGCCUCCACCCACUACCCAGAGCCCCUGGAGGUCCCACCUCAUUGCCCAAGGAGUGUGUCCCACACACAUGAGUAGGGCUACCACUAUCCAGGAAAUCCCCACAUCCAUUCACGGACUAGAGCAUACCCCCAUGCAGGAGAAUAUCUAUUCACCCACGGAUUAUCUCAUAAAACCUCACUCCACCAAUCCCACCCGCUCCCCAGAGGAACACCCUCCCCCCUACUGUUGCCCACCUACCCAUGGAACAACCCCCAGGAGAAUACACUUCACCAACCCCCAUCCUCUACCCAGGGAAUGCCUACCUUCCACCCACCCACCCACUACCUGGGAAUACUCUCCUCUCCCCUCAUGCCUGACGGGGGGCACUUCCAACCAGAGGGUACCCCACCCCCCAGGACAACACCCACCUGUCCAGGGAACACCCAGCAAAACACCCCUCCCCUAACCCUCACCCACAGGAGAACAGCUUUUUGCCAACCCACUCAAGAUAGCACAGGAUCCAUCCUCAAGACAGUAACGCCCCUCCCACAAAACUAAGAAAACUGCACAGGAUCCCCUCCACCCCCCUAGCUCACUGCACAGCAUCCAGUCCCCAGGAGAAUACAUCCCCCUCAACGGUCCUGGGGAUUGUGAAUGAGAGAGCUACCUACCUUCAGAUGAAUACCCGGCAUCAGAGACCACACAGGAUCCAUCACACCCACCCUCCCACCAGUGUUCUAGGGGCACGUGAAUGUACAGGACUCUCCGCUCAGAAUACACCCACAGUUGGGAAUUCACUGGCUGCACCCUGAGAGGCCCUUCUCUCCCCACCCCAAUGGUCCAGGAAACACCCAGGUCCAUGCAGAAUUAACUCCCAUCCAGGACUAUGCAGGAACCACUCCCGAAGAACCCCUCCAGCCCAGAAUGCACGGGGUGGGAGGGGGGGAAAUGAAUGUACAGGAACCCUUUUGAAUGAACACAUCCCUUUCGAAAGAAAGCCCUUCACUCCUCCAGGGUGUGUGACAGCACGUGUUCCACUGCCCUAACAGAAGAAUCCUCUCCCCGUGUCCCAUAGGAUGCUCCUCCAAAACCAUCGUCGGUGUCCAGGGAAGAAUCCAUGGGCCUGACCCCAGCAAAAGACCCUCCCAUGCCCUGCAGGAGUUAUGAAUGCACAGAAGAGCUCCAUGCACAUGCAACUCCUAGUUACUCCAGGAGAUUCUUUUAAUUUUUCCUUUGUUUAAAAAAAAAACUGCAAGAAGCUAGAAUACAACUCCCUGUGAAUUUACUUUGUGCACAUGGACCGUGGGGUGAGUUUUUACUUAGCUGCUGAAAGCAACGGGCUAGAUGGUGUUAAGCUUGUUUCCUGGAUUUUAUUGGAGCCUAGACUUUUACCCUGUACAGUUCUCUUUCCUAGUAUAUUUCUAACAAAUACAAAACUAACUUGAUUUUUUUUUGCUCCAAACACAGAGGAAAAGAAAACAAAAAACCCACAAGAAGUUACAUGAUCUGCUGAGCCCAUUAAUUUAUUAUGGUUUUGUUCCACAAAAAUUAUGACUUCUCUCAGGAACAAAAUAAUGCACCUGCACAACAACAAAAACUUCCCUGCAGGCUGUAUGCAUGUUGCUAAAGCACAUGGAAGCAAGUCAUUUCCGACUGCGAAGUAUAAUCUAGAGUCAACUGUCUCAGCAACCUUCAUAACUGUUUUAAAAAAAAAGGCUCUCAAUAUCUUGCACAGGUUUGCUUAGAUCUGCGCCUGCUAGUAUAUACUAGAGCAAAUAUGCUGAAAGCUGCAUCCGGUGUAUUGUAUGUUUUCUAUAAAGCUUAUUGCAAUAAUUUCUGAAUA